CCCUCCCUCGGCAACAGAGUCAGUCAGAUUCUGAACCCGGGGGCCAUACCCUAAAUCAACGGCAAUGUCUCCCAACUCGACUCUCACCAUUCCUUGCCUCUCUUCUAUAAAUAACCAACCUUUUCUUUCCAUGGCUUCUCAUUCGCAGUUCAUUCAACACCUUCCGCACAUUUACACACAAACCAACAUGUCAGUUCAUUCCUGGGUUUCUGAACACAAGCUUGCUUCCAUUGGGGCAUUAUGGGCCACAGGAAUAGGGGCAUCCUUCCUGGCUAACUCUCGCAAAGCCUCUGCUAUGAAACCUAGUCUCAGGCUUAUUCAUGCCAGGAUGCAUGCUCAGGCAUUAACACUGGCUGUGCUCUCCGGCGCCGCCGCUUGUCACUACUAUGACAAUCGUCUUUCUUCUGAUGCUCAGCCCCAAAAACCACAGGUGGAGACUGCUCGUUCCGAUAUCAGAGAGGUGGUCGAAUGGGAGCUUCUUUCUCCUUUCUAAUAAUUUCUUUCAUAAGUGAUUUUAUGUAUCGGUGUUGCUUUAAUUUUGUUAUCUUAUCACUCCAAGUUAUCGCCAUCAGUCUGCAUGGACUAUGGAUAUGUAGUGAUAACCCACUUUAUAAUGUAGAUACAAUUUUCUCUCACCUUCCUGCUUCCCUCUUCUUCAGCUUUCUAAAGCAUAAUUAUCUCAUUGGAAA